AUCGGCAUAAACUACAAACGCCAGGAUGGAGAGCUUCGUGGCUGUGUGAAUGACGCUUGGAACAUUGCAGAGUUUCUAAAAUCCUUCUGGAAUUACGCGAAAGAGGACAUCAUGGUGCUCACAGAUGAGCCAUACAAUCUGAAGUACAUGCCGACGAGACGGAACAUCCUUAGCGCGUUGCGAUGGUUAGUGAAAGACGCCCAGCCUGGAGAUUGCUUAUUCUUUCACUACUCUGGACAUGGAGGACGUACUUUAGGUACUUGCGUCUGUGCAGGUUAUCUUACGUCGGACUCAGAGGCAGACGCCGCAGCUGUCGAGUUCGUAUCCAAUUGUAUGUCAAUCCCACACUUUCUCACAUUUACCAACGCUGUGAAAACUUCAUCAGGAUUCUAG